AUGUGUGACGACGAGGUAGCCGCUCUUGUAGUUGACAAUGGAUCCGGAAUGUGCAAAGUGAGUUAGCCCAAAUCCCAAAAUUCCUUGAUUCUAAUUCUAAGAGAAACAUUUUUUUAUUUAAGAAUAGGAAUAUGUAGGAAUAGAAUUAGAAAUACCGGACAUAAUUCCCAUUAACCAUAAUUUUCGACAUCUCCCUCAAUUAUCUAAUUUCAUCCAUCCAUUUUUGUACAUAGCCUUGCGCAGACAACAAGAACACUUGUUAUUUUGCCUCUCUUUUCAUUUCAACAAGAAGAUGUAGAAAAAAAAACACGAAUUAUGUAGAACAACCAUUUUCCAUCUUCUUGAAAUUAUGAGGUGAUAGAUAUGUCCUCGUUUUGACCAGCCACCCCCAACAAAGUCAAGGUCGACCCUCGAAAUUCUGUGAGGUGGUGAUUGAUAGCCGGUGUGUGACCUUUUCAUAUUAUUAUUCAUAUGUUAUGUUAUUCUCGGGAAAAAUGAGAAUUUCGGGGCUGUGAUAUGAAGCGAAGCGUGAAGCAAAGAUCUGUUUGUUUUGCUCUCGUGCUCGCCGGCCGCAAUGUCAAUAGCCUUUUGCACUAAAAAAACACAGUUUCAAAACUUUGAUCCAUACCAAACCAAAGGAAUAAUAAUUAAAAAAAAUUUUAGGCCGGUUUCGCCGGAGAUGACGCUCCACGUGCCGUCUUCCCAUCAAUUGUCGGACGCCCAAGACAUCAAGGAGUCAUGGUUGGUAUGGGACAAAAAGACUCGUACGUCGGAGACGAGGCUCAAUCCAAGAGAGGUAUCCUCACCUUGAAAUACCCAAUUGAGCACGGUAUCGUCACCAACUGGGAUGAUAUGGAGAAGAUCUGGCAUCACACCUUCUACAAUGAGCUCCGUGUUGCUCCAGAAGAGCAUCCAGUCCUCCUCACUGAAGCCCCACUUAACCCAAAGGCUAACAGAGAAAAGAUGACUCAAAUCAUGUUCGAGACCUUCAACACCCCAGCCAUGUACGUCGCCAUCCAAGCCGUCCUCUCGCUUUACGCUUCCGGACGUACCACCGGAGUUGUUCUCGAUUCCGGAGAUGGUGUCACCCACACCGUUCCAAUCUACGAAGGAUACGCUCUUCCACACGCCAUCCUCCGUCUCGAUUUGGCCGGACGUGACUUGACCGAUUACUUGAUGAAGAUCUUGACCGAACGUGGUUACUCAUUCACCACCACCGCCGAAAGAGAAAUCGUUCGUGACAUCAAGGAGAAACUCUGCUAUGUUGCUCUUGACUUCGAACAAGAAAUGGCCACCGCCGCUUCAUCAUCAUCGCUCGAGAAAUCGUACGAACUUCCUGACGGACAAGUCAUCACCGUCGGAAACGAACGUUUCCGUUGUCCAGAAGCCCUCUUCCAAGUGAGUUUUGAUUCAAGGUUUCUGAGACUUUUCGAAAGCAUCCGAGGUCAUCGGAAGACUUCCAAGCUUUUGAAAUCUUCUAGAGGAUUCUGCGGCCUUUUGGAAGCUUCUAAAGGCCCUAGACCUCAGAAGCCUUUUGAAGCUUUCCCAAGGAAAUAUUCCAUGACAAUCUGUUUCUUUUCAGCCAUCAUUCUUGGGUAUGGAAUCAGCUGGAAUCCACGAGACUUCAUACAACUCCAUCAUGAAGUGCGACAUUGACAUCCGUAAGGACUUGUACGCCAACACCGUCCUCUCCGGAGGUACCACCAUGUACCCAGGAAUCGCCGAUCGUAUGCAAAAGGAAAUCACCGCCCUCGCCCCAUCCACCAUGAAGAUCAAGAUCAUCGCCCCACCAGAGCGUAAAUACUCCGUCUGGAUCGGAGGAUCAAUCUUGGCUUCCCUCUCAACCUUCCAACAAAUGUGGAUCUCCAAGCAAGAAUACGACGAGUCCGGCCCAUCAAUUGUUCACCGCAAAUGCUUCUAA